AUGCUCUCUCUCUUUGCCAUUGCCUCUCGAACCGCCUAUGAAUUAUCCGCAUCACUUGCUCUUGAAGCUAUUUCCUCCAUACGUACUGUCACAUCACUAUCGCUUUCCUCAACAAUCCUAUCUCGUUUCUCCGACUCCUUGGCGAUGCAGCAAAAGACUUCUCUCCCAUCGAUUCUGAAAUCCUCUUGUCUCUAUGCCCUAUCCCAAAGUUUGAUCUAUUGGUGUUUGGCACUAGGGUUCUGGUACGGAAGUCAACUCAUUGCAAAUGGGAAAUACAACAUGUUGCAAUUUUACAUCGUCUUCAUGGCAAUAACGUAUGGUGUCCAAUCCGCGGGGGCAUUUUUUGCAUUCGCUCCGGAUAUUGGAAAGGCAAAACAGGCAGCGCAAGAGCUCAAAACGCUUUUCUGUCGUACCCCUGAGAUUGAUAUUUGGUCCUCUUCGGGUACUCUUUUGGAAACAGUACAGGGAGAGGUUGAAUUCGAAAAUGUCUCAUUUAGUUACGAGGGGAGACAAGAAAGUCAAGCUCAACUCGUUAAGUUUCACAGUCAAGGCAGGGGAGUAUAUUGCUCUCGUGGGGAGCAGUGGAUGCGGGAAGAGCACGGCGAUCUCGCUUCUGGAGCGCUUCUAUGAUCCUACUACGGGACGAAUUCUGCUGGAUGGAACCGAUAUCAAAGAUGUUAACAUCAAUAACUAUCGCAGCCAUAUUGCUUUAGUUGGACAGGAACCUACUCUCUACCAAGGAACCAUCCGAGAGAACGUCAUGUUUGGGGUGGUUGAGAACGAGAUAUCGGAAAGCACUUUUUUGAAAGCUUGUCAUGACGCAGCAAUUCAUGAUUUUGUGGUGAGUUUCCUUUUCUUAUGGUGGUCAGAUCAUAGAAUCCGAGUGUAAUAUGAUGAAAAACUGACAAUGUAUUGAUGAUUUAGAUGAGCCUCCCAGAUGGUUACAAUACGAAGGUUGGUUCCAAAGGCGUGCUACUUUCUGGUGGCCAGCGACAAAGAAUCACUAUUGCGAGGGCCCUCAUUCGCCAACCUAGAAGUAAGGAAUUUCUCCAAGACUUGACGCCAAAACCCCAUAUACAUGAUUUAUUCACAAAUCCCACCUAGUUCUCCUCCUCGAUGAAGCGACCUCCGCCCUCGAUAGCACAAGUGAAGAAAGUGUCCAGAACGCAUUGGACUCCGCAGCGAAAGUUCGCACUACCAUCGUUGUAAGUUUUCUUCCCUCUCCCAUACAAGGAAACGACCGAUUGGAUUCCGGGCUGACGUAGAUAUCUUGAUAUUCAGGUUGCUCAGCGCCUUAGUACGAUCAAAAACGCCGAUAAAAUCUACGUUCUUGACAAGGGAAGGGUCGUGGAGGAAGGAACUAAUUUGGAACUCCUGGCCUUGAAAGGGAGGUAUUAGAAAUUGGCGAGCAAGGAAAAGGCUUGAUAUGAAUGGCUUGGUUCUACUCAGUAGACUUGUCCUGAUUCUUGUAUCUUGGGGGCCAGAGAGUAUUAGAGGAUAAUACAACCCAAUACAGACAGGAGGAGUGAUGAUAUUUGUUUUCUUACGAUGUGUUUUGUAGUUAUAG